AUGGCAGCAGAAGAAGAUUUCUCCUUCGCCUUCGACAAUAUGGCCUUUUCUGACCGUUUACUUCGAAUAGAGAUCAUGUCCGAAGUAAUUGAUGAUAGGCAAUCCUUCUCACCCAUUUCAACACCUGAUAUAUUCAAAGACCCUUUCCAAAGAUCUUCAGAUGUUGAAUCUAAGCAAAGAGUUAUCACUCUUCAUCUAAGUUGUGCAGAAGGAGAGGCCUUCGUGGAUUUAUUAAACUUUAUAUACUGUGGAAAACUCAAAACUGAGACAACUGCUGCAAUGUUGGAUGUGUUGAUUGUUGCAAACAAAUUUGAGGUUGCAUCAUGUGUUCAUCACUGCAUCGAUGUCUUAAGCCCACCAACAACAUUAGAAAAUGCAUUACUUUUUCUGGGCCUCCCAACCAACAUGCCUAUGGUUGAUGCAGUUCAACCAUUGAUAAUUGCUGCGAAAAGAUUUCUUGUCCAGAACUUUAGGAUGAUUCAAGACUAUGAAGGAGAAAUACCUUUGCCCAUCCUUCAAGAAAUUUUGUCCAGUGAUGAAUUACAAGUUAGAUCAGAAGAUAUCCUUUGUGAUUUUGUUAUGGAGUGGACUAGAAAACAUUAUCCUGAUGAAGAUGAAAGGAAAGAAGUGUUAAACAAGAAGCUUAUCUAUACGAUACGUUUCCCCUUCCUGUCCAAAGAGAAGCUGAAACAAAUCUUUUCAAGUAAUGAAAUUGAUUGUGUGGGUACAUUGAAACUAAUUUUGGAGGCACUUCUUUACAAUGAAGAAGCUCCAUAUAGAAGGAAUAACCACAUCGCACAAGAAUUUCACCAUGAGAUGUUCUGUGAAAGAUCUUACAUUAACAAACCUAUCAGAAUUGUGAAGAUUGAUACACCUCACAAGGAGUGCAUGGUAUUCUGGAAUAUCAAAAAAGAUGAAUGCUUAACUCUGCGUGAUAAACCAGAUUCUCUAGCAUCUCAAUUUAUCUACUUUGGGGACCAAUUAUUUCUACUGAAAGCUUUUAGUACAAAGAAUAAGGAAGGUUUUCCCAUCUCCUUUGGACUAUGUCUUCAAAUGGCAAGCAAGGCUGAGAUUAAUGUGGAAUACAUAUUUUCUUGUCGUUUAAAUCCUUCACGUAACUUUGUCAUGAGGUCCCGUGCCACUGACAAAUUAUAUUAUAUGAAGAUGGUUGGUUCUCCAGACCUCCUCGGUAUGAAUUGGUCAGAAUUCAUAUCUGACAAGAAUUCAUACUUUAUAGACAAUGUUCUCUACUUGCGUAUUUUGCUUAUUCUGAGGACAUAA